GGCUGUGCGGCGCCUCAGCUUACACUACCGGAAGUGGCUUCAUUGGCACAGAAAAACGGGUCUUACUGGAAUAAUUUUGAGUUUUUUGGAUCCAUCUAACUUUGAAAACGCUGGAAAUGUAUUAACGAACGAACGGAGGCUUUAUGUUAGCAUAAGGUCUGACAUGAGGCACUGACGUCCUCUGACGAUUUCUGUGCUCUGGACCAAACGUCCUGACCAAUGUCCCUCACACUGACCGCCAUGAGUGACAGCGCGGCAGGAGGAGAGCACUGGGCUGGGCCAGGGCAGGCGCCACGGCAACCACGCGGCCCCUACAUCUCCAUCAUCACCAAUAGGAGCACUAACCUGCUGAUCCGUGGUGCCCUGCUCUUCUCGGUGGGUGUUUUCCUGGCUCUGGUGCUGAACCUCCUGCAGGUCCAGAGGAACGUGACACUGUUCCCUCCAGAUGUGCUCAGCAGCAUCUUCUCCUCGGCCUGGUGGGUCCCUCCUUGCUGCGGGACGGCCUCAGCGCUGAUCGGCCUGCUGUACCCGUGCAUCGACAGCCGUUUGGGGGAGCCACACAAGUUCAAGCGUGAGUGGUCCAGUGUGAUGCGCUGCGUGGCCGUGUUCGUCGGGAUCAACCAUGCCAGUGCUAAAGUGGACUUCGCUAACAACGUGCAGCUGUCCCUGACCCUGGCGGCCCUGUCUAUUGGCCUGUGGUGGACCUUCGACCGGUCUCGCAGUGGCUUCGGCCUGGGUGUCACCAUCGCACUGCUCGCCACGCUCGCCACACAGCUGCUGGUCUACAACGGCUUGUUCCAGUACACGUCUCCAGACUUCCUGUACAUCCGCUCCUGGCUGCCUUGUAUCUUCUUCGCUGGAGUCAUCACCAUGGGAAACAUCGGACGACAACUGGCUUUGUACGAAUACAAGUUCAUCCAGGAGAAGAUGCACCAGGAUUGAGCAUUCAGGCCGGAGUUUGGUGCUUGUAAGACAUUUUUUGAACUCCGAGUCUAACUGCUCACUCUGGAACUCAGUAUUUCCAAACUCUCAUGGAACAAGGAAAUUAAAUUCUUUGGCUUUAUUUGGGACUAAAAAAUCAGCCAUUUUUAAAAGCAGAUCUGCAAUUCUGCUGGAGGAGGCUGGUCAGACUGUCAACCAAAACAAUAUAAACGUCUUCAGUAUCAAAGCCUCAGGAUGUAACGCACAUUCUAUAGGUUGUGUUCACGUCACAUCAGAAACAUUUUAUAAUCCGUAUAGUUUAAGACUGAGCUGGAGGACAGGUCUUAAUACUGUGGUGGAAUUUGCUGUGUGACUGUCAGAUUGCAGAUUUGUUGACCUGGUUUUUGGUUAAUGUCUAUAAUUACUGGAUCUUUCCACAUGAAACAAAAACUGGCACAAAGUUCAACGUCUUAUUAAAACUAAGAUUAAACUAAACUGAAAAUCAAAUUACUUUUUCAUAAUAGUUUCAGAAGUGGAGCCAUUAUUCAACCACAGUGAUGUGAUUGUUGUCAGUUGAAAGGACUUUAAGACUUUUGUGGAGCCAAUCCUGAACUAAAAUAAUAAGGUUCAAUAUUAGUGGAUCUUUCUAAAACAGUGACUCUCCCAUAGAGUUAUACAGGCCCCUGCCCUCCAUCUGAAAGUAUGAAAUUAUAGAACGUGAACACAACCUAUUAGUAUCUAUAUGAUAUUCUUCUACAUUCAGCUGUUCAGAUGCAGUGUUACAGGAUGCCAUUUUAUUACCAACACUGGCUGGACUAGCAUGAACUGGUACUUUUAUAUAGAGGUGCAUGGUCUAUAUAGUUAUCUAUAAAUUGUUUUGUUUUUUUAAGAUAUGCAAAAUUAGAAUAUAAUUUUUUUAAACUACCAAACAUUUACAAAACCUGAAAAAGUGAUUUGGCUGUAAUCAAAGAAAUGCUCCUCUGUGUUUUCAAAGUUUACCAUUGUAACAUUUAUAUACCAAAGCAUAUGUGUCCCAGUCUAUUUUCUGAGCAAAAUUUAAACAAUUAAAACUAAAGUAUACACACAUUUUAAUCACAUUUUGGUUAAACUGAAGAUACUGUAUUAUUAUUAUUAUUAUUAUUGGUAAAUUAUACAGUAUGUCAAUUUUGUCGUCCUCUUUCUAUGAUGCUUUUCAGUUUUGGCAUGUUUAAUACUCUUAGUACUAAAUGUAUAUAUAUAGAUUUUCAAAAGGGACACGAAUUUUAGCCAGUUUGUCGCACAUAUUUGAAACUGUAAUUUUUCUACUUUUAUAAAUGCCACUCAAACAGGUUUUCAAUUUUAAAAUAGGUGCUGAGUGCUUCAUUUCACCAACACAUUUAAAUCACAAUUAUUAUUAGAGCUUAGGAUCAAACAUCAAAGGCAUUAUAUAACUGGCCAGAAAAAAGUCAUAGAAAAAAACGAUUAUUCCACCACGACCACUUUUGCGGCGCACUUCUGGUUAAGUGGGAAUAUCAUUCAUUUCCAUGGAGAAUUAUAAAGUAGGUUGAUUUGUGUAAAAUGUUCAAUGUUCAUGUGACCAACAACUCAACAAUGCACCGAUUCUCUGGGAGACUUUAAAAUGGCUUUGUAGUCCACAUAGAACUUAUUUUCUGUGAACACUGACAGCCCCAUAUAAAAUAAUACAACCCAAAUGAUGAUGGCAGCACCCACUGCAGCUGACUGGAGAAAGGUAAAUACUAGUUUUGAAUCGUAAUGUGCCGUCAGGACCAGUGGACCUGUGGAUUACACAGGCCUGGGUGCAGACAAAACUGAAAAGUUUCAAAGGGGUGCAAAGACAUUACUCUUGCGUUAGGUGUCAUUAUUUUGCACCUCUCUAGACCCGGGCCUGGGAUUACACGUCAGAUGGCGACAUGUACAAGUGAAAGUACUUGUCUAGUGAAGACAGCGGUGGUCAGUGAGGUGCUGGUGUUUUCAUACAGUCUAUAUGCAGUUACUUGGGUUAUAGCCUAAAGAGAAAACAUAAAUGUGUCUAUUAUAGUCAUGUCCACUUGUUGAUGGUGCGUCCUGACUCGGCACAUGCACUCAUGUGGUCGUAUCUAUCAGCUGAUGCAUUGAGAUGGGUAUUUUAUGCAUUAUGCUGCAGGAUGUUGAUGUGUGAGGAAUUGUAUAAUGGAAAAUCUUAAGCAGUAAGGCAGUUUGCAUAGUCAACAAAAGCACUAAAUGUUGUGAAGGAUGAGCAGGAUAUGUGUUCUCCAUGCAUUAAAACAGGCUGGCUGAGCCCCGCCUCCUCCAGCGCACCGCUGCAGGUGAGCGCAUCUAUAGCGCUACAGAUUAUUCUAUCUGUAAAUAUGGGCUCCUGGCCCAGGUCCCGAGGCCACAGUCCAACAUGAAGACUAAGUUUAGUAUUUACCAUCUUAAAAUCUCAAUUGGGAUCAUACAUGCAGAACUGACAAGUAUCACAGUUUUUAAAAAUAAAAACACCAAAUAGAGCUGCUAAGCUGAGCAGCACCUGUGGACUAAAAAAAAGAGUGAGGGGAGGAGAAGAGGUGUGUAGAGGUAUAAGGAACCAUGUGAUUGAUCUAACAGGUAUCCACACUUUAAACUCCGCCCCUGUAGCCAGGUGGUUGGAAUCAGAAACACCUGUCUGUAAUCAUGUGAGGUCACAUAGUACUUGAAAUUGGAGGUCAUUGGAGGCAGCACGCACCCGGUUUAUGACCAGAAAGCUGCGUAUACCUUUUCCACUAAAAUUGCCAAAAAAUGAAACAGUAACAGUAAACAUUAUUAUUAUUAAAACACCAUAUACACAGUUUAUUAUCACAAAAAGUGGAUUUACUGUUUAGUUCCACUCUAAAAGUCUUAAAAUGUCUUCUUUAAAUGUCCACAAACCAUUCAAAAAUCCAGAAAAUUUCAUACUGUAGGACCAUACUCAUACAAUGUUUAUUUAUAGUCCUCUGUGUCUAACACAACUUGUACAGAUGUAACAGUUUCUAGUAUUAAAGAGUUUGAGUUGAAAACCAGUGGUUCCAGGUGAUGUCAAAUAACAGUAUGGUUUUGUAUCCUAACAUGUUUGUGGUUCAUGUUGAAUACAGUAAGAAGGGACAAAACAAAAACAUAAACGAGAUGCUAGACCUCAGCAUGUGAAAGCUGUUGUGUUAUUACGAUGUUAUUAAAGCUCUGUUUGAUAAGUC